CGAUAGGGAGGAGCUGGUGACUGUGUGCUUAGACUUCGGCCGUAGAAGGGGAGCCAGGGUAGGAGAAGUAGGAAACAAAAGCUGACAUCGCUGCACAAUUUUUUGCUUUCCUGGGCCCUUUUUGUUGACAACAACAACAUACGGGAAGACGGACUACAACACAAUUUUGAGGGCCCGUUCGUAUGUUAUCGUCAACAGCAUUUUUUUGGUUCGGGGUGGGGGGGGAAGGUGGCGGCGUUUAACGGCUGUUUUUAGGUGGCAACAACUGUAAUUACCAAUUUUAUUCUGAAGGGUUGUUCUUUUUGUCAACAACGGGGGGCGGUUGGAGCUGAUUGGUUUCGGCGCACACUCGAUCAAGGCCAAGGACACGAAGUGGGCGCGCAGCCUCCGAAAGUGCUUGCUGGAGGCAGCACCCCACAUUUGUUUUGUACUCAAGCAACUGCAGUUUUCUGGUGGCUUUCAAUAUGUACGGGUUCGAGUCGCUGACGUUCAACAUCAAUGAUGGGUUCUUAGAGGCAGUCGUCCGGGGGUAUCGUUCAGGUCUGCUCACAGGAGCAGAUUAUCACAAUCUUUGCCAGUGCGAAACGCUCGAUGACAUCAAACUCCAUCUUUCAGGCACUGAUUAUGGAAAUUUCCUGGAGAACGAGCCGUCUCCUCUUCGCACGACCACCAUUGUGGAGAAGUGUACUGAGAAGUUGGUCUCCCAAUACAAGUACUUGCGGUGUCAGGCUAUGUAUCCCUUAUCAACUUUCCUGGACUACAUAACGUACGGUCAUAUGAUCGACAACAUCGUCCUGAUCGUUACAGGUACGUUGCACGAGCGCGAUACGCAAGAAUUGCUAGACAAAUGUCACCCGCUCGGCCUCUUCGACAGCAUCGCCACGCUGGCGGUUGCGCAGAACAUGAGGGAACUUUACCGUCUUGUCUUGAUUGACACGCCGAUCGCGCCGUACUUUGCGGAUUGCAUCACGUCCGACGAUCUUGACGAUAUGAACAUAGAGAUCAUGCGCAACACGCUGUACAAAGCGUACCUGGAGGACUUCUACAAGUUUUGCCAAAGGCUAGGCGGUGCGACAGCAACGAUCAUGUGCGAAUUGCUCAGCUUCGAAGCGGAUCGGCAUGCGAUCAACAUCACGAUCAACAGCAUCGGAACGGAAUUGACGAGAGACGAUCGCAAAAGGCUGUACUCGCACUUUGGCUUUCUGUACCCUUACGGUCACGAGGGACUAGCAGUGUGCACCGAUUUCGAUGAAGUUCGCACGGCUGCAGAGAAGUACCAGCCGUAUCAUCUCAUCUUCUCAAGACUUGGCUACGGUGAGAACCAGCUCCUUGACAAGGUGUUUUACCAGGAGGAGGCGAAGCGUCUUUCCCUCAGCUUUGAGCAGCAAUUUCACUACGCUGUGUUUUUCGCAUACGUGCGACUGCGAGAGCAGGAGAUCCGCAACUUGAUGUGGAUUUCCGAAUGUGUAGCGCAGGAUCAGAAAUCGCGCAUUCACGACGGGAUCCAGAUUCAGACGUCCAAUCCAAUCCUCUUUGCUGGUGGACCAGAGGUCAGAGCGACCCGGUCCGAUGGACCAGAGAGCGGAGCGCAGGGCGGUCCGACAGGACAAGGGGCCAGAUGCGAUGGACCUCUGACACGGGCGGUCAGAUGCGAUCAUAGACCAGAGGUCAGAGCGACCCGAUCCGAUGGACCAGGAACAGAAACCCGGGUACAAUGGACCAAGGAGAUAAGGGAGGAAGAUGUUGGAGCGAAGGUUCAGUGAAUGUGGACCAGGGACAAUGAUCCAAUGAACCAUGCACCGGACGUCAUGGUGAUCCACCGGUUCAGAGACUGGAGGUCCGGGUAAUCCAAUGGACCAGAGACCUCAGGUCAGGGUGAUCCACCGGUUCAGAGACCGGAGCUCAGGGUGAUCCACCGGACCAGAGUCCGGAUGUCAGGGACAAUGGUCUGCCAGACCGGAGAGCGAAGCGCAGGGCGAUCCGACAGGAACAGAGACCGCAGGUCAGGGUGAUCCAGCGGUUCAGAGACCGGAGCUCAGGGUGAUCCACUGGACCAGAGUCCAGAUGUCAGGGACAAUGGUCCGCCGGACAAGAGAGCGGAGCGCAGGGCGGUCCGACAGGACCAGGGCGACUCAAGGGAUCAGAAGCCAGAGGUCGGGACGAUUGAACGGAACAGAGACCAGAGGUCAGGGCGAUUGAACGGACCAGAGACCAGAGGUUGGGGCGAUUGAACGGACCAGAGACCCGAGGUGAGGGCGGUCUAUGGGACCAAAGACUGAAGGUCAGGGUUAUCCGACGGAUCCAAAACCUGAGGACAGGGUGAUGCGACGGAUCAAAGCGGAAACCAGGGUAUCAUGGAGCAAGGUGCAGAUGAACCAAGGGAGAAAGACGUCGGAGUUCUGGUGUAUAUGUUCUGGAUCGCGCGAAAGUGAGGAAGAAGUCUGGGUGCAGGUGGAACAAGGGAGUUGGGAUUGCGCAAAGGUGAGGAAGAAAUGUUGGUGCAGGUGGAGCAAGGGAGAAAGAUGUUGAAGCUUUGGUGUGUAGGUUCGGGAUCGUGCAAAAGUGAGGAAGAAGUCUGGGAUGUCCUUUGGGACAUCUGUUAAAACUUAAAACUGGAAUGAUGCAGUGAAGCUGAACACUCGCCCCUGCCCGAGGAUGACAUGCUUAUAUUGAGAAAUGGUCAAAAAAAGAAAAAAAAAGAAAAAAAAAAGAAGAACGGGUGCUGGUGGACCAACGGAGAAAGAUUUUGGAGAUUUGGUGUGUAUCGAUUUGGGAUUGCGCAAAAGUGAGGAAGAAGUCUGAUCUACAGGCAGCAGCGGCACAUGCCUAUUUGCUCUUUCUUUUCGUUUCGGCAGCGGCGCAUGCCUAUUUGCUCUUUUCAUUUCGGAUCAUAGAUUACGUUCUGAUUAACAGUUGCAUUUGGCCAGAAAAAUGAAAGAAGAUUCCUUCAUGCAUUUGGCCAGAAAAUGAAGGAAGACGAUGACGAUCCCAAUAACUGGGACUAGGCCCAAGGAGUUUGCGGAUAUUUUUUGGUGGCAUGAUGUCAGCCCUUGGAUUACGGAAUUAAGUGGAAAAUAAAGAACAGCCCGGAGA